AUGGAUGAUCAAAUGAAUGACAAUGUGCUGCGAGCUGUUCGCUGUGAUAAGCAGCUAGAUUGUGCGAAUUGUACGGAUGCAGGCGUGAAGUGUAGUCGUACAAGAGCUCAACGACCUCGCCGGCAAUCAUCAUCGGUGUAUGUUCCCAUAUUAAUCUAUCUUGCUGUCGCUUUACGCUUAUGGGGUUUAAUAGUAUAUCUGCACUCGGGGAAAGAUUGUUAUCCUUGGAAAGGACAGUUUCAGAAUCUCAACGAUCGAAAUGCAGCAUCGAAAAAAAGGAGACUAGAUCAUGCCUCGUACAUAGAAGGAGAUUCUCAAUCUGCCCAGAAUGAGUGUGCCAUUGGCCCGACCACACACCAUGCAGAGAAGGCCAGAGUCGUCAUACAAGGAGAGCUUGAUGGAAAUGAGCGUAUGGACCGUGAACGAAAGGCAAUCCUCAGGUCUGCCCUGCAAUUUGUGGACAUUACGGGACAGAGGAGAACCUCAGUUACCGAUAAGUCUUCGCCGGUAGAGGUGCCGCAUGAAGACUUUCAACAUGAUGGUCCAUUUAUUACCCCAUCACCGGAGCUGCUUUAUAUGCUUCUUCCAGAGCCAACAGCUGCUGUCGGACGAUCUAGUUCCGUACAAUGGCCGGACCACAUCUCGGACAAAACACUAGAAAAGAUGGCUUCGACCAUUCUCGGUGACAACAGCCUUGAGCAUGGGCAGGUAUUCUACCAGUAUUGUAUAUGCGUUUAUGUGAAGGCCAUCUUCCAUCUCUUCCAGAAACCGAAAGCAUAUAAGGAUCCUCGCAUCAACGCACAAUUUCUGAAGUCCAAGAAAUUAUAUGAAACAUAUGCCUUCCGAGCUCUCAAGAGGCUCAAUUUCUUGAAUGCCCCAACUCUUCCUUUUAUUCAGUCGUUGAUAUCUGCUGCAUUCUUCAUGCAGUAUCUCGGCAACAUGAGCCAAUCCUGGAUUCUCAACUCAUACGCAGCUCGUCUGAUUACCGCUCUGGGCUACCAUGAAAUCCGCAAUCCGCUUGGGAUUUCAAGCCUCGAUGAAGAAAUACAUAGCGCUGUAUGUUGGUGCUUUUACCUUGACCGAACUCUCAGCACCCUUCUGUAUCGACCACUGUCAUUGCCAGAGCCUCGCAUCUCUCCCGCGAACUUAAUCAGUGCCGACCAAUCUAUGGCACAUAUCCCAUUAAUACGCAUAUUGUUCGAUUUAGCUCAGGUCCAAGGAGAGCUGCUGGAUUGCGGCAAUGCGGAUAAUACUCGCCAAAUACUUGCCAAUCACUCAAGACUCCAAGAACGAAUGGAAGCCAUAUAUUCAACAUUACAAUCAAGUCGAGCCUCAGCACCCGACUGUAUCGCUGCGGAAUGGAUUGCAGGUGAAUUUGGUUAUUACGCGAUUCUGGUUGAUAUUCUUCGAUCGCGCUUAAAAUGUAGCUUUUCCCCUUUGACGCACAGGGAGUGUGUGUCGUAUUCCCGCAAAUCUCUCAGGGCACUGCAUCACCUUCAAAAGAAUCUCGCGGAUACCCCUGGCUUCGUGGAUCCUUAUCCAUCAUUCCUAACAUGGACUGUCCUUCUAUAUCCCUUAAGUCCAUUCUUUGUCCUCUUCUGCAACAUCAUUGGAGAAUUAGACAUAGAUGACUACAGUCUAAUGCAAGACAUCACGCAAAGCCUAUCUCAGUUCGCCGCAAGUCCAUACAUCUCGAAACUGCUGAAACUGCUAUACUACUUGCAGAAUCUCUGCGUACCAUUGAUCCAAGCCAAGCAGCGCAUGGGCCAGCAGGUCAAAGUCCCUACUUUGUACCCUUCAAUGACUGGGACUUGGCAUGACCAUCCGGCUAGUACUGAUGAGCAUGCGCAUGUCUUGAUGGCUGGCUCUCCAUAUAUAGAUCCUAUCGCUGGAGCAAACCAUCAGCAAUUGCAGACACCCAGUGAUGGAAGCUAUGCACCUGAUGAUGCGUUGAUGUGGCAAUUAUUCAAUAGCCAAGUCUCGCUGGAGUGGUUCGAGUCAGACCCUUUUUCUUAUUGA